AUGGAGGACUCGUACAGUCACCCAGUGAAACGUGCCCAGACGUCUCUGUAUGGCUUUCCCCCCCCCCCUCUCCCUCUCCCUCUCGCACCACGCUGCUUCGCAUUGUCCGCUGACAGACUUUUGAUUUUUAGAACCCCCCAAAGUCAGCAAAGUCAACAAUCGACGGCCUAUCAGGUCAACGUGAGCCGGAAGAAGACGAGGAAAUGGGUCGAGGCUAAGGUCCAGAGCUAUGACGGCGACGACUGGGGAGCUGACGAGUACGACGAAGAGUCGGAUCAUGAGCCUCCUCCGCCUCCGCCAAUCAACCCCUCGCUGCGCACAUUCUCUGGCACCGACCUGCUACACUCUCGCCACAACACUCCUAGCCCGGCCUCGAGCUUGAGUGCGCUGCCGUCUCUGCGAACACAAGCUCAGCAGCAGCAACAGCAAUCUCCCGCUGUGCCACCGGCCAACCAGCCUCCGCGCAUUGGAGUUACUUCGCCUGUCGUAUCGGAUGCCUCGACUCGUAGUGCCUCGGAGUCGUUUGCCAGCGGCCAUGUUGUAUCACCCCAGCCCGUGGCUGCUUUCCAAGGGCGUGAAGGCGACGGCAAUCUGUCGCUAGCCGGUAUUGCUCAACUGCCUUCACAAGUCCAACAACAACAACAACAACAACAACAAGCUCCCAGCGGCUAUGAUGUGUCACGCUCUCCCAGCUUUGAUCAGGCUAUGAAACCCACAUCCACGCCUCCGGUUGUCGUCGAUCGCUCCGUAUCGCCCCAGAUUUCCGCACCAGCACCACCACUGCCACCCGCGCAACAACCUCCCCCCAUCAUCUACUCGCCCGACAAUUAUAGUCGUCUCCAGGAUGACGUGGACCGUGAGACAUUAGCCGGGGCAUCUGUUAUUCCCCCCAGCUCUGGGGCUGACCAAUUCACUGUGUCUGCUCCAAAGCCACUCUCUAGCGAGGAUAGACGGGAUACUUGGGAAAGAGACGACGAUUCCUCUCACGGUGACCACCCGGAAAAUCAAGGAAUCCGUUCAGACUUUGAGUCUCAAGCUGGGAUUGACCGUGGACGAAUGUCUGUGAGUCCAAAGUUGCCGGAUCUUGCUCGCAUGUCCGCGUUUGGAACCGAUCUCUUCGCCUCCUCAUCAAGCAACAACAACCUUUCGAAGCAAACUCCUAUCAGUGAAGAUCAAGCGGAUAGAGGCGAGCCGGCUACUAUUCCGGCGGAUACCACGGCGGAAUCUCGCUGGCAGCCUCCCGUAGCGCCGGCCGAGGACGAAGAUCACUCAGAAGCUCCAGGGGGUGCGCCUCUCUCCCAGCCUAACAACCUGUUCCCCGGCAGAAACAUUCCAGCUAUUCCACCGUUGCGAACUCCCAGCCCCCAGCCGCUAGCUGCAGCCCCCUUUGACCCUCAAGGCACCAAAAUCACCCCCACAGAGCCUCUUCAGCCCUACAGAGGAGAACCAUUGCCUGAUUUUGAGGCCCCUCGGUCGUUUCAAAGGGUGCAGACUUAUGGCACCGACACCUCGUCUCCCAUGAAGGAUAGUCCGUUGAAAGAAAACGACGUGCUUAGUGACGAGAUUAUGCGAACUCUCAGCCCCUCGGGUGCAACUCCCGCCGAUGUCAAGCUCAGCGAUGGCCCGCAGCUGCAUCCUCCAGAAGACCGGAGCGGCGUCAGGGAGAGCAGUUACACUCUUAUGGACUAUGAUAGCUACUGGGCGGAUACAGCAGACGACUCGGGCCCUGGCCAUGAGGGUGUGCCGGCGCCGCCAACUGAGAAUCUUCAGAGCCCACCGGCCGCUACAGAGCCGCUUUCCGCUCUUUCAACGCAGUCUGGUUUGAAAUCGCCCGUCGAUACCACUUCUUCUUCUUCACCACCAGCUACGUUAACGUUUGAUUCGAUUUUCUCUCCUCAACAACCCCAGCAACCACCUCAGGAAGAGCGGCAGCAGCAGCAGCAGCAGCAGGAUCGACAACGGCGACAACCGUCUCUUAGACGAAGAUUUUCCUGGGAAGCUGAAGAGCAGCAGCGCACUCCAACCACUCUGGCUCAGACUCCCAUACAAGCUCAGCCAACUAGUGAUGACUCCGCUGCUCCUGCGGUCCAUCUCACCGGGCCAUCCGGUCAACCAUUUGAGCCAUCCGUGACGAAUUUCAGUACCGAUUCUCGUAGCCAUAGCCCUGUAUCCCAGCUAUCGCAGGCACCAACAACGGCGGCGGGAUCCGGCUUGGGUGCCUUGGCGAUUCAGACAUCCAAUCCGUCCGGCAGCCUCCCGGGGCAUGAUUCGUCACUCCCCGAGCCUCCCUCUCCAGUGUCUAUUUCUGUGAUCAGUGACAACCAUUCUACCACUGCCCGUGAACAGGCACGCAUGUCCAUUGCGGACGAAAAGUUGUUCGCCGACCAGGGCUCCGUCAAUCUGGUAACGGGAUCUCCACCCCCAGCUUCGGAUUCUCACCCGGCCGUGUCUUCACCGACUUCUGCAGCGUCUGUGCCCGCUCCACAAACCCCUGCCCCUAAUCCGAACCCACUUGCACAGGCCAAGGCCAUGAACUUUCGAGAUAUCAUGGCUCUAUCCACGCCUACGGAGAGGAUAGCAAAAUACACUGAAGCGCGCGAGGCCUUGGCAGCAAGGGAUUCCGGCCUGGAGAGCUGGCUCUUGUAUCUGACCACGGAGCAUCCCGAGCUUUCGGCGUCCAUCUCUGCUCCGGGAGGCCAGAUGACCCCUCGGUCAAGCAACAACGCCUCCUUGCCGGCGGGAUCUCAGGCUUCGGGCCAACAGCCUUAUUACCAGCAGUAUCUCAACGCCAGCUCGCCAAGCACGUCUGGGCCACAAAGCGGAGGUGGAGGUAGCGGCGGUGGCCGCUCGAGGUUGGGUGGGUUGUCGAUGCCAUCUCAGAUGUCCGGCAGUGCGUUUGGGCAUUCGGGCAACCAGAUUGGCACAAAGAGCAAGGAGUUCAUGCAUUCAGCUGGAAAGAUGGGCAAGGGACUGUUGAGCAAGGGCAAAAGCAAACUGCGCGGAAGCGGGGACAAGGUAUUUCAUUGA